AUGGAUAACGACCCUCCCGAAAUAACUAUCCUUCUUCUCGGGGACUCGGAUGUAGGAAAGUCGACAUUUCUAGCACGUCUAAGUUGCGGCACCAAAGGCCACAACGCCGAGAUCAAAGAAUUACCAGUCCUACGAGAUAGUGAUCAGCCAUUCCUUUUUGAAAUAUCUCUUUUCAAGCGCCCAUAUCGUUUUCAGUUCUACGAUACGUCGUCACCUGAUCACUAUUCUCUCCUGCGACCGGAUUUCAUAGUACUCUGUUUUGAUAUAAAUAAUCGUAAAAGUCUGGAGAGUGUGCAAGAGAGAUGGAGCAGAGAGAUCCUAGCGAAUUACAUGUAUAAUCGCGAAUUACCAAUUAUGCUUCUCGGUCUGAAGAGAGAUUUGAGGGUUGUGGAUGAGAAUACAAUUUAUCCGCAAGAGGCACAUCGCAUUGCGCAAGAGAUGCGCUGUGAUCGAUAUGCUGAAUGCUCGGCUGUCACUGGGGAACUGAUCUUUGAAGUCUUUGAAGAUAUCGCGAGGACUGCGGCAAUGACGAGUAAGAAACCAGGUGGUGGCCUGAGCGAAGGACCAACAUGCACGGUGACCUAA